ACUGAUACGGAACGUCCAAAUCUCUUCGUCUACGAAUUGGGGAUCUCUCCUGUCUUGUGUCUUGUGUCUUCCGUCUUUCGUCGCCCUUCGCUCUUACACGGUCACCCCUCGAGCGCAAAUCGAUCGAGCGACCAACCACCCGACAAUCGCCCCUGACCCACUUCCCACCCCACACAAUCAUCCAAGUAGACAUUCAGGUCUCCCAAGCACCUCUCCGCCGCAUCGUCUCCUUCGCACGACCUUCGCGACCAAAUCCGAGAUGGCCGGGACGCGCAAUUAUGACUUCUUGAUCAAGCUGUUGCUGAUCGGCGACUCUGGAGUGGGAAAGUCGUGCUGUCUCCUCCGAUUCAGCGAGGACUCCUUUACGCCGUCGUUCAUAACCACCAUCGGCAUCGACUUCAAGAUCAGGACGAUCGAGCUGGAUGGAAAGCGCGUGAAGUUGCAGAUAUGGGACACGGCGGGCCAAGAGAGAUUCAGGACUAUCACGACCGCUUACUACAGAGGUGCUAUGGGAAUAUUACUGGUUUACGAUGUCACCGAUGAGCGCUCGUUCAACAACAUUCGAACCUGGUUCUCGAACGUGGAACAGCACGCUACAGAAGGCGUGAACAAGAUCCUCAUUGGCAACAAGUGCGAUUGGGAAGACAAGCGUGUGGUGUCGACUGAACGGGGUCAGCAGUUGGCAGACGAGCUCGGCAUACCGUUCCUCGAGGUCUCGGCAAAAAGCAACAUCAACGUCGAGAAGGCCUUCUACAGCCUGGCGUCAGAUAUCAAGAAGAGGAUAAUCGACACCUCGAAAAUAGAUCAGGCAACUUCUCAGGGUGUGGAUGUUGGUGGUGCGCAAGGUAGUGGAAGCGGGGGGAAGUGCUGCUAA